AUGCUCGCUGCUCGACGUCUACGCAUCUCGGCCAUCACGAAACCCUUGUCCAGGGCAAACACGACUCUGCAAUCGUCUGCUCCGGCAUCUCCAUCAGCUCCUCCACCCCCUUCCAAACCAACAUCGACCGGGUCCAAUGGCAAGGCAAAGGUUUCGGAGACUGUUGUAUCCUCCACUGGCGACGCGAAUAGCUCCACCACUACUGAAAAGCCCGCUAGACUGACUCUUGGGAAGGAGCAUCCUACACUUUCAAAAUGGCAGACCCGCCGUCUCCGCAAAAAACGCGCGAUGUACCCCGCCAUACGACCUUCCAUCAGCCUCGAACGACCACGCGAAUGGCAUAGACCUAUAGCCCGAGGAGUGUUGCCGGCGUAUGACGAGGCGUUGAGGGUGAUCAGUCGUGACGCCAAGAUUGUGCAGAAGGAGGCCAGUGAAUUGCGCGCGAAGCUGGACAAGGGAGAGUUUAGUGGCGAAGCGGAGGUCCAGGCAAAGGAGAAGUUGGAAAUCUUGGAUAUCAUGGGCCACGUCAACUUGCCUGACGUGAGGUGGAAGGCUCGGAAUGGUCUUGGUGCGUGCUUAUUAUGGUCUUCGGACUUGAGCAAGCCCGUGUACAGGCAUUUGGUUGAGAAACGGUGGAGAGAGGAGGGUGCGCUUGACCUCUUGAUGGAACGCAUUUACCAAAUGAAAGUCGUGCCGGACGUUCUUCCUGACCUACGCCCCGACAUUGAUAUACGUAUCAACUUCCCCGAGGCUCAUACCAGCGAGGCGAAGCGUGCGCGCGCUAAGCAACGUUAUGCUCCCGUCGAACCGGGUGUGUAUCUUGUAAACGAGCAGACAACAAAUCCCCCAAGAGUCUACGCCACGGUCUUCCACACUGAGCCCAAACUCUAUACCCUCCUCAUGGUGGACCCUGAUGUCCCUGACACCGAGAGCCAGUCCUUCACGACGUACCUUCAUUGGCUCCAACCCAACAUCUCCCUCUCCGCCUCCACCCCCAUGCCACUCUCGCUCUCCACGCCACACGUCCCAUACAUUCCGCCCCACCCCGCCAAAGGCACGCCCUACCACCGCUACACCCUCCUCCUCCUUCCCCAAUCCUCCACCGAGCCCAUCACGCUCCCGCAGCUCACCGAGGACGCAAGGCUCGACUUCAACGUCCGCGAGUUCGUAGCCAAGUACGGGUUGAACUUGACCGGCGGCGGCGCGCACAUGUGGAGGUCUGUCUGGGAUGAGGCGUCCAGUAAGAUCUGGCAGGAUGUCAUCAAAAAACCCGAGCCUAAGUUCGGCCAUAUGCCCAAGCCUGAUCCCUAUGCAGAGAUCAAGGGCAAGAGCAAGUACUUCCUGGAGCAGUAGACAUAGACAAAACGUUGCUGCUCGUCGACUUGCCUCACAUCGUCCAGUAUCAUACUUUCCGCGUACUUUUUAGGGGUAUCUCCCACACUUCUAAUAAAACACAUCACCCUG